GGAUGGGAGGACGGCACGACGAGGGCGCGGACGGCGCGGACUGGCACACACUCGGCCUCACAAAACGAGGCAGCACGCGUUCGUCCGGCCGAGGCUAGCCUUGAGCAUGCUCACGCGCUGCACCGCCCGCGGCCUCCCCUCCGCCCGCAGCCUCUCAGCGGUCGCAGAGAGACGAAGAGCAGCUGAGUUCCUCCAGCUGUUUGACGGCGACGCGCCGGACGGCGGCGGCUCCUCCACAUAUACCUACAUCCUCGCGGACGGCGGUGCUGCCGUCAUCAUCGACCCUGUGCUGGAGCAGGUGGACCGCGAUUUGGCUGCGCUGUCGGCGAGUGGGCUCACGCUGACGCUCGCCGUCAACACGCAUUGCCACGCGGACCACAUCACGGGCACCGGCGAGCUCAAGCGACGGCUGCCCGGCCUGCGCUCAGCCAUCGCCAGGGCGGCCGGUGCAAAGGCAGACGUGCUGCUGGAGGCGGGCGAGGAGAUUGGCUUUGGCCAGCGGCGCCUGCGCGUGCUCGAGACGCCGGGGCACACCGACGGCUGCCUCUCCUUCUAUGACCCGUCUCUCGGAGCGGUCUUCACGGGCGACGCGCUGCUGAUCGGUGGCUGCGGCCGCACUGACUUUCAGGGUGGCUCGUCUGAGCGGCUCUACCGGUCGGUGCACGAGCAGCUCUUCACACUGCCCGACGAGACGACCGUCUACCCGGCACACGACUACAAGGGGAGGCGGAGCUCCACCAUCGGCGCCGAGAAGGCCUCCAACCCGCGACUCACCAAGCCGCUGGCCGAGUUUGUGGACCUCAUGGCCAACCUCAACCUGCCCUACCCGAGGAAGAUCGACGCCUCGCUCCCCGCGAACCUCGCGUGCGGCGUCUUCUGAACCGCGUCGCCAUCGGCCGGCACGCGGGGGCCGUCGCGACUCAGUCGGCAGGGGUGCGUCUCUUCGAUCACAUUCGAUGUGUGUCAGCAUUAGAAGCGUUGGUGUUGGGUAUCAAUAUCAUACCCACCACUCUCGUCGAGUAACAAGUGGCACGUCCAUCC